GCACCACUCGGCUAAGCACCCACCACACCACAACUACCACCAUGGAUGACUCUACGUCUGCGCAGCAAAAGCCAAUACACUCGCUUAUUCUGGAUACCGGACCACUGAUCAAAAACGCCGUGUCAAUCUCAACCCUCAUCAACUCUGCCGAGGAACUCAUCACCACUCCCGCCAUCCUGUCUGAAAUCCGCGAUGAGGCGACAAGAUCACGUGUGCAAACGACGCUGGUUCCCUUUCUAAAAAUUAGAAACCCCAGUCCCGCCAGCUACGACGCUGUGAUUGUAUUCAGCAAGAAGACGGGCGACUAUGAAGUGCUCAGCAGACAGGAUCUGGGCAUCCUGGCCCUGGCGUACGAGGUCCAUUGUGAACGGAACGGCGGAAACUGGGGGCUGAGGGAAGUCCCAAAGGGGGAAGUGAAGAGGAGGCCAGAAGAGAUUGAGGCGGACAAGGAAAAGGUCGCGCAAGCUGCGGCUGAGGGUGGCUCGUCAAAAUCGGCGAGUAAGCGCAGGCGCAAGGCGGCCAAGGCCCGUCAGGCGAGCGAGGACGUUACAGAAGAGGCGGCCGAGGAGGCGAAUCCCGAGGUAUCAGGCAGUGCUGAGCCCGGCAAGGCUGAUGAGACUGAUGAGGGUUGGGAGCAACCUACAGGCAAGCGUGCGGCCAAGCCCAGGGCGCCAAAGUCUAUCAAGUUCAAUUUCAAGCCGACUGAAGAGGCCGAAGAGGACCAGAUCCAGCAACAGGAACAGCCUACUCUGACUGAUGCGCAAGAGGACGGUGGUGUUUCAGUCACUCAGGAGCAGGUCCACGAGCAGAUACAAGAGCAGGUCGCAGCGCAGGUCCAGGAUCAGAUUCAUGAGCAGGUCGAAAACCAGAUUCACGAGCAACUUGAGAACAAGGGCCAGGAUAAUCUCGAAAGCCAAGUUGUAGAGAAGGCUGAACAGCAGAUUGAACAGCAAGUCCAGGAGCAGGUUCAGGAGCAGCUUGAAGAACAACUAGGCGAGCAGGGACUCAUCGACAAGUCGGCAGCAGUCGAGGCGCCCAGCGCCAGCAUUCACAUUGAGCAAAACGCAGAGCUGUCCGUUGCACCAGAGCACUCACAAGCUACCUCAGAGCCAAACCUAGAGCACGACAUGGCCGACCUUUCCCUCUCACAACAACCAUCCCAGCAACCCACGCCUCCCACCACCGACGACUCAGCCCCAGACUCAGACUCAGACGGCGAAUGGAUCACACCCCACAACCUCCCAGAGCACCAAGCCAAAGACUCGAGCCUCCAACCCCACAUCCAAACCACUGCAAACCGCCAACUCGACGUAGCAACCAUGACAACCGACUUCGCCAUGCAAAACGUGCUCCUCCAACUAAACCUCCACCUCCUCUCGCCCCACAUGCAGCGCAUCAAAAACGUGACAACCAAAGUCCUUCGCUGCCACGCCUGCUUCCACAUCGUCAAGCAAAUGGCACGCCAAUUCUGUCCGCGCUGCGGCCAACCCACCCUGCAACGCGUCUCGUGCAGCACCAACGCCAAGGGCGAAUUCAAAAUCCAUCUCGCGCGCAACUACACGUUCAACAAGCGCGGCGACAAAUACAGCAUUCCCAAGCCCAUAGCCGGAACCGCAAACAAUAAAUGGAGCGCCGGCCAGGGCGGCGGCAAGGCGGGCUGGGGCAAGGAUUUGAUUCUCGCGGAGGACCAGAAGGAGUAUCUGAGGAGCGUCGAGGCGGACAAGAGGGGGAAACAGAGGGAUCUUAUGGACCGCGAUUAUCUGCCCGCCAUUUUGACGGGUGAUAGGGGCGCGAAAGCGGGG